AACCUCACAUACAUCAGGGAAGGAAUAGGGACACUGAAGAUUAGGGCUUUGCUCGAGCUUCGAUUGUACUGGCAGCAGAACGACCGAAAAUGGAGCUGUCGGCGGAGAAGAGGGACGCGGAGAACACCAACAACGACGAUAAUCAACAGGCGGCCUUCGAUUCCGCCGACGGGAACAGCAGAGAAGCCGAGGAACAGCGGGAGCGACAAGCGCGCGAUCUCAAAGCCGGUCUUCAUCCUCUCAAGUACAAGUUUGUCUUUUGGUAUACUCGUCGAACGCCUGGAGUUAGGACUCAGACAUCUUAUGAGGACAACAUAAAGAAAAUCGUGGAUUUUAGUACGGUGGAAGGCUUUUGGGUAUGCUACUGUUACUUGGCUCGUCCUUCUUCAUUGCCUAGUCCGACAGAUUUGCAUCUGUUUAAGGAGGGUAUCCGUCCUCUGUGGGAGGACUCAGCAAAUUGCAAUGGAGGAAAGUGGAUAAUAAGGUUCAAGAAGGUUGUCUCUGGGCGCUUCUGGGAGGACCUGGUACUUGCCUUGGUGGGUGAUCAACUUGACUACGGCGAGAACAUAUGCGGUGCAGUGUUGAGCAUUCGCUUCAAUGAGGAUAUAGUGAGCAUUUGGAACCGGAAUGCUUCUGACCAUCAGGCGGUGAUGGCCUUGAGAGACUCCAUCAAGCGGCACCUAAAGCUUCCCCACAGUUAUGUCAUGGAGUACAAGCCUCAUGAUGCAUCUCUACGGGACAACUCGUCAUACAGAAACACAUGGUUGAGAGGGUAAAGAGAUGCUUUGCAUCGAACCCUCUAACUGCGACUAGAUGAGCGGCUGAAGUGGAAGAUUAGAGUCUUAAGAGUCUGCUUGUAAUGUUCAGAGGGAAAUGAUAACUGUUGAUGCUUCUUGAAAUAGCAUCUGCCCUUUGUCAGAUUUAAAUUUUCCAGACACAAUGUCCUUGUAGUAGUACUGAUUGAGAAGAUAUAGUAGAAAUUUGAAGUUCAUAUCACAAUCAAUUCCGCAAAUAUGUUUGAUUCA